UGUUUAGCAGUCAGCUGUCUCACACACUGCGCUUUCGCUGAGAGUGUGGGUCGUCAAAAGGGUUUGUAACAAGACGGUGGGUGAAGGGAACUGAGGACCUAAAAAGAGGUAUCAAGCCAUGAGCUUUCUUAUUCAAUGUAGACGUCAACCUUAGAAAUUAACCUUAGACCUGAAGAUCUCUCUACUCUGAUAGUCAGCAGUUUUCAGGAAAUGUCUCCACAGAAAGCAGUGUGGACUCUGUUCCUCAUGACCUGCCUCUUUCCCAAAGCCAAUCCAGUACCCCAGUUUGAUAUGCCAAAUAAUCAGCUUCUCUGUGAAAGUUUAAAGAAGGGUGAUGAAGCGUUUAAGAUUUUAGCUCACGACACAAACGGUGGACCAUUGACUUACUCCAUGACCGGUGAGGGAGCGGCCUACUUCAGUGUGAACUCGAACAAUGGAAUCGUCACAAUUGCAAACGAAUUAGACCGAGAGGUCAAAACUACAAUCAGCCCAGUGCUUAAAAUUGAAGAUGUGGCCAAUAAUGUAGUCAUGGUAACUCAUCCAAUCAUUGUUGAGGACGCCAAUGAUAAUGAGCCUAUUUUUCUAAGCACCCCGUACACCAUCUCUGUUCCUGAGAAUACUAUCAAAAACACCAAUCUCCUUACAGUGGAAGCCAGCGAUAUGGAUUCAGGACUGGCUGGGACAGUGGGGUACAAUAUUGUGAAUAUGUUGCCCAAUGAAAGUAACUUGUUCAAAAUUGACGGGAAAGGAAACAUUAUAUUGAUUGGCAGCCUGAGUUAUGCAGAUCAAAGCACGUUUUAUCAGUUAAACAUCUCAGCUAUGGACUCAGGUGGAGGGUGUGAAAAACCCCAAAUGAAACAGAUAUCAACCACGUUUGUGUUCAUUAACGUAGAAGAUGUGGCUGACACAGAGCCUUUGUUCCUCAAUGUCCCAUAUCAAGCCGCGGUGCCUGAGAAUUCACCUGUGGGGACAACUGUAUUUAAGGUGUUAGCCAUUGAUGGUGACCGAGGAAUCAAUGAUGAGAUUCAAUACAGCAUUCCUGAUUCAAAGCCUUCAGAUUUAUUUCAAAUUGAAUCGAAAACGGGGGUUAUUACUGUGAAAAAAGUGUUUGACAGAGAGAGCAUCUCAGACCCGAACUCAGUCAUUGAACUGCAUAUUGUAGCCACGGAAAAGAAUCUUAAUUCCGUUGGGCAAACAUCCUCAGCGAACACCGUUAUAGCCAUCACAGUGUCCGAUGUUAAUGACAACAUUCCCGAAUUUUACGACUGUGGAACGUGUGAGAGUCUUGAAGGAUUGAAAGUGAUGUCCUUCAGCGCUGAUCUGCCUGAAGAUUAUACCAUGGGGGUGGCCAUCGAGGGGUUAAAUAUAGCCGUUCGUGACCCUGAUCAGGGCACCAAUGGAACUUUCUUCCUGAACCUGACAGGCGACAUAGCGUCCGCGUUUCAGGUUUCCCCACAUGAGAUACUGAACAAUGGAUUCGUUCAGAUCCUUGUGAACAAUCGGGAGGCCAUUGACUAUGAGACGAUCAAGACGGUGGAGAUUCAGAUUGUCGCGAUUGAGAAAAACAACCCUACCGCCUGCUGCUCUAAUGCUACCAUCACGUUCAACAUUCAGGACGUCAAUGAUAACAGCCCGGAGUUUGACAAAGACGGGUUUACUUUUCAUGUGAAUGAACACCCUGACGUUGGGACUACGGUUGGAACAAUUACAGCAAGUGACCGUGACAGUGGCAGCUUUGCUGAGAUUACGUACAAGUUGUUACCAGAGAGUAUAACUGAGUUCAAAAUUGACAAUAAAACUGGGGUGAUUACUGCCGAGAAAAAAACCGAGCUGGACCGAGAGAAACGCUCUAUGUAUUAUUUGACGGUUCAGGCAAUGGAUGGUGGGGGCCGGGUUACCACCACGGAGAUUCAGAUUACUCUGGACGAUAUCAAUGACAACCCUCCACAGAUCCCAAGGGAAUCCUACACUGAAUUCGUCACCGAGGGAAACAAGUUUGAGAUUCAGAUUGUGGCUUUUGACGACGAUGAAGAAGGCACAGACAACAGUAAGAUCGUCUUUGCCAUCACAGCUGGGGACCCCCAACAUAAUUUUACCAUCGAUGCUGAUGGCAUCCUGCGGUCAGCAGUUGCUAUAGACCGAGAGGCCUUGAGCUCCUCAGAAGGAAAAAUCGUUCUGAUUGUGACAGCGUCUGAUUUAGGAACCCCGCCCCAGUCCUCCACUGUGAACGUCUCCAUCCUUGUAGAGGAUAUAAACGACCACGGACCUGUGUUUGGGAAACAGGAAUACAGCGCCUGUGUCAUGGAAAGCACAAAGGGAGCCUUUGUGACACUCGUUGACGCCUUCGACAAUGACGCAACAGAAAUCUACAACCGGAUAAUCUACCGCAUUGAAACAGGCAUUGCGGGCACCUUCCUGAUCAGGACGGAGGCAAAAGACGAUACGGGGACGUACGAGGGGAAUAUAAUGGUUGAUCCGGAAGCUAUCCUUGACUACGACAAAGGCCCGAAGUUCCACACGCUGGUGAUUAGUGCCUCGGAUCUGGGGAAUCCACCGAAAUUGGCGACCGCUACCGUCCUUGUGACGGUGCUGGAUAUGAACGACGAGACACCCACGUUCGAUGCCGCCACCAUGAAGGACCUCGACGUGCCGGAGAACGGCACUGCGGUGGGGGCGGUGAGGGACAUCAUCGCGAAGGACUUGGACACCAAUCAUUCGCUGAUCUACCAGCUGGUCUCCGUGACCUGCUGGAAAGAUAACAAGCUCGACUCACAGCCCAAUGCAUCGUGCCAUGACUGGUUCGAGCUUCACCAGAACGGCUCUGUCUUCGUGCCUGAGGCUUCGGUGAUCGAUUACGAGGAGUACGAUCGGGUGAUUGUCACAGUUAACGCGACCGACCUGGACACCCAACAGAAUGAGGCCUCCGUUAUCGGUGAACUUACCAUCAACAUAGUGGACAUGAACGAUCACGCACCUGUGUUCACCGCCUUCGAGAGAGCGAGCGUGAUCGUGCCGGAAUUAGCGCCGAUUUCUGCCGCUGUUGCGACAGUCAAGGCCACUGAUGGGGACGUGGGAAAAAAUCAGGACAUUUCUUUCUUCGUCACCAACAUUCUCUUUGUCUUCACGGAUGGCAAGCCCAACAGAACGCUACCGGACCUGUUUGAGGCUUCCACAGCAAGCAAAACCAACAACGAGUACAUCUCCUCAAUCAAAAUUAAAUCGUCACUGGAUAAGACGCUGAAAGGACAGUACAGGCUAACGAUAGAGGCAAGGGAUCAAGGUGACCCUAUUCUAACGACAACGAGCUACCUUGAUUUAAUUACAAUCGAUGAGAGCUUCAAGGUCCGGCUUGAAUUCAGAGUGCCACCUGAGGAGGUUCAGGCAAACCAGGACCAGAUAACCAAGGUCCUGAUGGAAGCUACCCUUUCAAAUCCACACGUGGUGGGAGUCACAUCUAACACCAAUACCAGAGAUCGGGCAAUAGCCAGGAACGAAGUCAAAUCCACAAUGGAAGUUUACUUUGUGUACAACAAUGGGACAGCUAUCCGCCCAGAUAGCGUCAACACCAUUUUGGACAUGAACCCGGAUGCAGUCCUGAAACUGAUAGACCUGGGUCUUUUGAACAUUAAAAAGCCAAUAGAACCCCCGAAUAGCGAGGGCCCAUUGCUGGUUGUGAUUGGUGGACUGGUUGGAGCUUUGGUGCUUUUAUUAUGCAUCAUGAUAACAGCUCUGGUUUGCAGCCGUAAAAGCUACAAGAGGAAAAUCAAAUCAGUGACAGCCAUGAACACAGCUCGGUCCAUCCCAGUGCAGUCCGGCCCGGCUGUGCCUGGGACAAACAAGUAUAUGUUGGACGGAGCCAACCCGGUGUGGAACACGACCAUCGACACCUCCGACCACGGCUUUGAUGAAGAGACUUCGGACCGUGCCAGUGUGAAUUCUUUGGAUGAAAACGUGGUGGAUAUAAUGGGGCAAGAUGGUCGUAGGAUGGCGGAGAUACCUGAGGUGACUGAAAAGGGCUUCUUGGUGACUGGAGACGAAAAACCGCUGUCCAGCCCAUCGGAUAAAUCCAAGAUACAGUUUACGUUCGACAAUCCUACUUUACAGACCAGUGUCCUCUGAGCACCUUCCCUCCGCCACAUUCACAUCAAUAAUCUUCACUGCCAGAAAGUCUGUGUUUCCGUACUUGGGAGAGAGAGAGCGAGAGAGUGUCGCCAAUCUGCUGUGCUUAUGUGUUAUAUUUUUUAACCAACAAAAGGUUGAUUUUACCGUGCAGCAGGUUUGGUAGUGAUGAAACUUUUAAAAUGAUUGCUCUACAUGUUGCCUCAUAAUAAUAUUAUUAAUAAUACAUUAAAUUGAUAGUAGUAGUAAUAAUAUUAGAUAAUGAUAAAUCAUUCUCCAUUUCAUUCAAUUCUGUUUCAUUGCACUCCAGGAGAGAUCAGUGAAAACUGAAAUUCAUCUUAAUGAACAGUCAAAAGCUUUUUUUUAUUAAAAACUAUAAAGGACUGUACUCCCUGGGAGCCUGUUUGUAACAACGAGAUAGCUGCUGAUGUGAUUCUGCCGCCAGCAAUCUCCAUGUUUUGUAAGCCGCUUAGUGAACCUUUUAGCAGAAAGUUAUUUUUAUUGUCGCAAUUUGAGUAAAAGUCCCUGAACGUGAUUUCACGCCUCGAUUAAACAUUUUUAAUUGCAUUGUUGACAAACUGUGUUUGUGGCAUUGGCGGAUGAGCUUUCAAUCAUUCAGCCCUCCACUCUCUGGAGCUCCAUUCAUCUCAGAGCCUCCUCCCCAAACUCCUUCCGCCUCUUCUCCCCCAACCCCUUCCCCACCCUCUCUCCCUGGCCUCACGCUCCUCUUCAACCUCGCUUUCAGCCAUCUCUGUGUUUGAAAGCACAUCUACUUGAGUGUUAUUUAAUGUAGUUGAUUUUUUCUCAUAUUAUAUACUUAUAUAUAAGCACGGUUAGUCAAUGCCCUUUAAUGCACUGUGUGUUGUAUCAUCUAAAAUANUUUUUUUGCGAACAAAAUGAAGUGUGUUUAUAUAAAUAAAAUAAAUAAAUGAGAUAUUUUGUUAUUGAGCCUAAUGUAAAAAAAUCUAUAUGUAUAAUGGAGUAUAUUUAGAUGAUUUUUGUCCCAGUUUGAUAUUUCCGAAGUGAUAAGGCGCUAUAUCAAAUGCAAGGAUUAUUAUUAUUAUAUUCUGUAUGCCAUUGCAAGCAAUACACAGCAAAUCCAAUAAAAUCAGUGCUUUUGCUA